AUGUUAACCUCCCACCGCAUUUCGUGUCUUCAGCAAAUGGAGAAACAGUUACGCCGCCUGGUGCGUGGGGAGCCGAUCCUUAAGGAUGCGCGUAAUGGUUCCCAUGGCGUCUCAGUCGCUGAUUCAAACUUUAAGAGAACACAUAUCGCUCUGAAGAAUAAACUGUUGUUUCGACGUGUGCCAAUAACCCUUUCCCUUCUUGAGCGAAGCCUACUUCCCAUCAUUCGUAUGGAAAGUUCCUCAUCGCGUAAAGUUACGGGAAGUAAUAACGCCCAUCCUCCGAAGGAACUCGAAGUGAAUGAGGAGGUUACAGUGUCAGCAAGCAGUGCAACAUUAGUUGGUUAUGAGACCACCCAGAAGAGCCACUUAGUCCCUCAGCAGUCGAUGUCAGCUGUCGCGAAAAUCCCAUUGGAAGGGCGGCAACGUCACAAUAAGCGAUCUAUCCUUACACAUUCAGAGGCUAUGUUUCGCCUCUUUAGUUCGCUGCACUACUUGGAAAGCGAAAGACGAAAACUCUACCUGCACCAUACCGAUCGCCUGAAGCUAAAAUUAACGGAAGCGGAGGCGGCUGUACGUGCAGCGGGCGGGCGCCAAGGGAAAACAGGGCCUUCACGGCGGGAAGCGAUCGGCGCUGUGCGUGGUGUUAAUGAAGACAUUUCGAUUCUUAAGGAUUCCCUUCUCGCAAGGUCAUACCUCUCGGCCCGCUUGUGGCGAUUCCUGUUGCGUAAAGAAUUGUGGACUGCAGCUAUUGAAGACUCGCGCACCAGUGAGCGAAAAGAGGUCCCCACAGUGCUAAUACUACUGCUAUCGCUCCAGCGCAUGAGUUUUGGCAUCUUGCAAGAUGUCACGCAGGGCCAUCACCUGAACGCCUGUUCCCCGAGGUUUGUCGUGUCCCUACCGUCGCGAAGUAGAAGGUGCAACCAAGAGGAAAUCCAUUCGGCAGAGCAUGAAACUGGAGAUGAAGGGGCAACUUCCCAAUCGGUGCAUGAGGAGCGGUGCGAGACCUCUGAGGCGCCAGAGGAUGACUCCAUGAUAACACUGAUGUGUGGAACUCUGCCGUUAACUGCUCCUGAAUCCGUGCAGGCGAAGAAGAGAAGGGAAAUUUCUGCAGGUUCAACGGGUAUGAAAAAAACGUCAAGAAACUUUGUCGGUAGUUGCCGUCCGUAUCCGCGGAAGUUGCGGUGGCUGCCUCCAAGGUCAUGUGACGCGCUGUCCCUGGUGGUGGACUCACUCGCAUUAUGUAGCGCAGUACUAACGGAGUUAAACAUUAAGAAUAUUAUUAUUCAGUGGGGACAAGUGGUUGAGUUGUUUGAGGUGUUGACUGUUGUUCAGUCUACAGCUUCGCUACUACUUGCAGUAGGAGGGACUGGAGACGAAGAAGAAGUGACCAAGAUGCACUCUGUGUUGAGGAACUUGGAGGAUGCGAUGAUUGCAGUGGGUGGAUCUGCCAGGCAAACCAUAUUAAUGGAAGAGUAUGAAGUUUUAUCCUCUCUCUCUUCUGUCUGCGCCAUUCGACUGCUGCUGGCUCUGGAUGGCUUGCAGCUGCUUCCCAUGUGCGAGUCUUCUUCUCAACGGUUGAUCAUGCAGUUGCUGUCUCGCAUCUUUCCACAGCUUUCCACGGGAACACAAAGUGCCCUACUUCAGAAAUCGAGACAGACUUCUUUGUUUGCCUUCGCCACCAGAGGGCACAGGUUGAAACUGUUUAGCAACUGCGGAAAUAAAAGUGCGGUGACUGCUGCCUUGGAAUCUAUUCGAUCUCGCGCCCGACUUCAGCAGCGGCAAAUGCAGGCAGCCCUUCGAUCCAAGUACCUGGAGGAGGUGAAUACGCAGAGUAUUAGUGAACUCGCACGGAACGUCUCUGUUCAUUCCCUCGUUGCCGCACUAAGUCUUUUUGCACGGACUGUGCAGGAUGCACGGAGGCAAGUUUAUGAGACCCAAGGGCGACUUCUAACUGCAUCUCUUUUUCUUAUCGAAAGCAUUUUGACUGCCGUUACCUUUUCCUCACCACGUGGAGGCGACGGCAUUAUUCACCACAAAGAUCUCGCACCACUUCUCCUGGCCCUUACUCCCCUAUGGUCACUUGCGUACGAACGGUGUAAAUUACUGCGAGACGUCUCUAAUGUGCGUCAUAACAAGUGUUUACCGGGGAAAGGUGCUGGCAGUCCUCUGGCAAAGUCAGAAGUGGUUAUGGUGCGGUACGCCACAGAUGUGGUGUUCAACGCUGUAAAUGUAGCGCUGGUGCAGCGAGUAGAACUUGUUGAGAAUGAUUCCCCUCCGCAUAAUGCAGUGGAUGGAAUGGAAGUUAUUUCCCCCUCGAAUGUAGCAGCCAUCGUCACAGCGCUUGGAAGUUGGUGUGAUAUUUCGCCCAAUGGCAAAGGCAUAUCAUUUGUGGCGACGACCGCAGCGCUGUUGAAGCGACUCCUGCUUUCCGAUGUGAAGAUGUGGCAAGAAUUACGUUUAUUGAGCGAUCCUCGACGAGAAGCCUUCGCUCGGGCACUGACAGAAGUGAUGGGAAGCGUUGGUGCAAUGGAUUCUUCGGUAACAGAAGUACUUGCCUCAAUUGGAUAG